CGAGUCUCUGUUUCGGUCACAUAACCGAAAGGAAACUUUUUUAGUCAGAAAGAAAGAUUUUUGGAGUUGAAAGCAACAUAAGAGAUUAAUGGAUGGUUCAGCUGGUCCAAGAGAUGGAGGAGCUAUGAAGCCGGUGAUUUUGAGAGUUUGUGUUGCUAUUGUAUUAUCAGCAACUGGUUUGAUUUUGGCUAGGUUUGUGUCUCGGAAUGAAGAUAACGAGGUAACUUCUUCUACAAGUAAUCCAGAGUCUUCUUCAUCACCUAGCAGAGAAAACGACGAGGAAGAAGAAGCAGAGAGUCCGAAUCAGCAGAAGCAAGAGAUUCUCAGCUUAAAAUCCAGAUUCGAGGAGCUUCAAAGGAAGGAAUACGAGAUGGAGUUGCAUUUCGAGCGGUUUUGUAACUUGAAAGAUCAAGAAGUCAUGCUUAUUGAGCAUAAAAGCAUAUUGAGUCUUGAGAAAGCUCAAUUAGAUUUCUUCCGUAAAGAAGUUUUAGCGAUGGAGGAAGAACACAAGAGGGGUCAAGCUUUGGUGAUUGUGUAUCUCAAACUUGUGGGAGAAAUCCAAGAGUUGAGAUCAGAGAAUGGGUUGCUUGAGGGGAAAGCAAAGAAGCUUAGAAGAAAAUCAAAGCAGUUAUACCGUGUUGUCAACGAGAGCAGGAAGAUUAUUGGCGUGGAAAAAGAGUUCUUGAAGUGUGUUGAUGAAUUGGAGACGAAGAAUAACAUUGUGAAGGAACUUGAAGGUAAAGUCAAAGACAUGGAAGCUUACGUUGAUGUGUUGCAAGAGGAAAAGGAAGAAUUAUUCAUGAAGUCGUCAAAUUCAACAUCAGAGAUGGUGAGUGUAGAAGAUUAUAGAAGGAUAGUAGAAGAGUACGAGGAAUUAAAGAAGGAUUAUGCGAAUGGAGUGAAGGAAGUGAUUAACCUGAGAUGGAGCAAUGCUUGUUUGAGACACGAGGUGAUGAGAAAUGGAACCAACUUUGGGGAAAUCGUGUUUUCUCCAAAUGGAAACUUGCAUGAGCUGGGUUUGGAGGAUGAUCAAGUGGAUAAUGCUCUGGCAUUGAUGAGAGUAGCUAAUGAGCAACAUGAAGAGAAUCAUCAUCAGCAUGAAUCUUCGAGGAGGAAGAGAUUGAUGAAGAAGUUGAAGAAAUGGGUUGAAGGAAAUGAGAAAGGAAAAUCAAAAGCAGAAGAAGCAGAAGAAGCGGAAGGCACUAUUUGACAGUGGAACCUGAAGAAGAACGAACAUUUCAUUCAAGAAGGUCUUGUUCUAGUGUGUAAUAGCAUUGCUUUACAAAAGAAGCAUGUUCAUGAAUUAUUCAUCAUUUCUCCACAACUAACAUAGUCAUUGAAAUC